AUGUGGAAAGGCCCCAGGCAGCAGGGCCAGGAUCAGGCACUCUUCCCAGCUGUCCGGCCCCCGCACAUUCUGCACGGGCAGGACAAGCACAAGGACGAAAGCCAAGGUCAUGUGCUUGAACUCCGGGUUUUAACUCGGGGUCUCGACUCCCGGAUCAUCCCGUCUCUUGCUCCAACCACGGGUCCCCAGAGCGCCCACCCCAGUGCACCUUGCAUGCUGGCCCAUGGAGGGCCCCCUUGCUGGGAACCCCUUCUCCCCGUGAAGGCUGCCGGCGGGACAAACGCCACGCGGAGCCGCGUCCUGGUCCAGCCUCACCCACCCAGAGCAAGAGGCGGAGGAACUGGAGCAGCGCCCGGGCCCGGGGCCUGCCUCCGGCCGCAGCAACGGGACGGAUGGAAGAGCUUGGCAUACAGCCUGGCGGGCAUCAGCUCCCUUGACCCAGUGGAUAUCGGUGUCUUUGAGGACUGCUGCCUGGCCUACCACUACCCCAUUGGGUGGGCUGUGCUCCGGCAUGCCUGGACUUAUCGGAUCCAGGAGGUGAGCGGGAGCUGCAAUCUGCCUGCUGCAAUAUUCUACCUCCCCAAGAGACACAGGAAGGUGUGUGGGAACCCCAAGAACAAGGAGGUGCAGAGAGCCAUGAAGCUCCUGGAUGCUCGCAAUAAGAUUUUUGCAAAGUUCCGCCACAACACGCAGACCUUCCCAGCAGGCCCUCAUGCUGCAAAGAAGUUGAGUUCUGCAAACUCCAAACUACCAUCGUCUAAGUUUAGCAAUCCCACCAGCAGCAGCAAGAGGAAUGCCUCCCUCCUGACAUCAGCUAAUUCAGGACUGUGAGCCGACUCAUUUCUGGGAUCCAUCGGCACAGGAGGGGCCAGAUCUUUCUCCGCUAAAACCAUUGCCCUACAGACCCAGCUGUCCCCACGCCUCUAUUUUUCGGGUCAAGUCUUAAUCCCUGCACCUAGGUUGGUCCUCCCUCUCCACCCCCACCACCUCCUGUCCCUCUGGCAACUGGAAAGAGAGAGUUGACCUGAUUUUAAGCCUUUUGCCGCUCCAGGGACCAGCGUCAACCCUGGGCAGCCAGUGUCUCUUGUAGAGAAGACUUAGGAUACCUCUCUCACUUGCUGUUUCUUGCCACCCACCCUGAGCCAUCCCAGUGUGUCCCUCUGGGUCCCUGCAAAACUCUAGUCAGUUCAAGGAUGCCCCUCCCAGGUUAUGCUUUUCUAUAACUUUUAAAUAAACCUCGGGGAGUGAUGGAGUCA